AUGGCCGAGCAGGAUGGCAACGUGGCCAUGCUCCAAGAGCUCAGCGGCUACCAGCUCCAACAGGACGAAUGCCGCAAGCUACUCAAGGUGUUCAACGGCAACUUGGAACAGGCGGCAGAGAAGUUCUUCAGCUCAGACCUGUCGACCGUACGCAAGCUGAUCGAUGGAUCGACGGCGACCUGGGACGAGAGCGCAUUCGGUGCAAGCAGAUAUGCAGAGGAGGCCCACAGCAGUGUGCCCACCUUCAAUAUUGACUACCCGCUAGGUUUCGACAACCACUCCCGCAGCGGCGCCAACAGCACAGCGCCCACCCGGCCCAACUCGCGCAUUGGCACGCGCCCAGGCUCGGCGCUGUCGACGCACGUGGGCGACGAUCCGAUGCAGAGCAUCGAGAACGCGCAGGAGUCGGGCGUCACAGGCAGCUCCAAGGCCGUCUUCGGCCCUGCUACACGAAGCAGCUAUGACACCGCCAACUGGGCCAUGGUUCCCGCCGCGACCGCCUCCGCCUACAUUGACGAUCCAGCACCGAGCCAACGACAGCGAGAAGAGGGCCAGCCCGCCAUCCUGAAGCCUUCGCCGAGGUACAACUACUUUCCCGCCAUGCUGGCCAUCAUCCACUCCAUCCCGCAGUUUCGAAACGCCCUGCUUUCGCCUGCAGUAACACAGAACGACUACUGGGUCGGCGACGAGUGGUGGAAAGGCAAUCCCUCCGGCUCCGGGCGCACGCGAAUCUUCGAUGAUUCAGUUGGGUGGGACGAGGCGUACGAACUAGACAUCAUCUACGAGACACAGCGUCUGAUGGCGUUCCUGGACAACACUGACAGGGCCUACGCGACAAUAGAGUCCAUGCUCGAGUCCGACGCCUGGAAGCAACUGGAGGCGCCUUCGCUCGAUGAUCCGGACGAUGAUAUGCUGAAGUUUCUCAUGCUCUGGAGUGCAGCCUAUGCGAAACACGACCCCAAGUUUGAGAUCAACGGCAUGCUGCGGUCCGUCGUGAAUGCUCAGCAGCAAGUCAAUAGUUUCGUUCUCGACAGCACGGUGACAAAGCGCCACGAGAGGACGCCUGACAUCUACGAUGUGCUCGAUGACACCUUCUUCCCCAACCCAGAUGGAACGGCUCACAUCAUGGACAUAAGCAACGUUUUGAUCUUCCGGCUCAGCUCGUCCGACCAAGAUGGAAACGAACUGGGCUGCCGCAUCCCUGCAACGCUUUACCCGGACCGAUACCUUGAAAAGAACAAAUCUGUCAUCACAGCCAUGUUCGAGGAGAUGGCAUCAUACGACACCCAGUUGAGCACCAUUAACGAUCAGACCGAUAGGCUGAAAUUUCACACACCGGCCAAACGCAACUCGAAAACGAUCGAGUCUUUGAAAUUGAUCAAGACCAGCAUGAAGGCUUUCCAGCCCAACUCGGAAGGAGAUGAGCCUAACGCCAAGGAUGCUGCCACCCUUUCACAACUGCAAGAGCUGUACGAGAGUGUCGAGAGCAAGCUAGCCACCCUCGAGGAGCAAAGAAAACAAGCUCAACAGACACUCAACACCAUCUCAAACCGCUUUAAACCGACAAUCGACGACGGCGCUGAACCACUCAUCGAUCUUACCGAGCCCAAUUACCCCAAAGGACAAUCUGCUCAAGACGCAAUGCACCACCCAUACCAACUCUACGGCGUAUCCACCCGCCGAGACGUAAUUUAUCUCCUCCAUCCCGACACAGCGUCUAACACUCCCGACGCCAAGCAAUGGUGGCGCAUACAAUACGACUCCGAGUCCGGUUCCGCAAACAUUAUUCGCGAUCGCGUCGACCUCCAGCAAGUCCUUGAACGUGCCACGUCCGAAGCGGCGUCUGUCCUGCUCAUCUACGCCAACGAGGCUGCUAUUUCGGAGCCACCCCUCCCCCUGUCCAAACCCCUCGAAGACUUUGUCAAAAAGGACAAACUCUAUUUCCUCGAAGAGUUGCAGAAGAACCACGACCUCGGGGCGGCAGGUGUGUGGGCAGACUACGGGGACGAGGUGAGAGGGGAUUGGGACAAGGAGACUGGACCGCCCGAGUACAACCAUGAUUGGGCUAACAUGAGUGCCAAGCAGUACCACGAAAAGGACGGGCAGCGAGAAUCCGCAAUGUCGAGUGCGACACUGACGCCUAAUACUGAGCUGGACGGCGAGUCCGGCGUGCGAGAGAUGGUUGAAGUGAACGGCGGCAUGGACGCCAUGACAGGUCUCCGAAGUGAUGCGAUGGACGUGGAUACGCAAACGCAGAGUUGGGAUACGCAGAUGGUCGAUGUUAAGGAAGUGCAGGCUGAUGAAGUAAAGUCACAACAUAUUGAGUUUGCAGACAGAAAGGGCAGUUAG